AUGGCCAAGGCUGCAACCAAGAGCGUACUCGGAAGGAUAAGCCAGGGGCACUUGGACUGUCCAAUCUGCCGAUGCCGUUACACUAAUCCGAAGAUACUCGACUGUCUACACACCUUCUGCCUGAACUGUCUGGACAAGCUUGUCAGUGGUGAACAGCAGCAGAAACAGGACAUCACUUGCCCGCUGUGUCGACAGCCUACGGCCAUCCCAGACCAGGGCUUGCAGGGUCUGUCCAACUGCUUCUUCUUGAAGUCCCUGGUAGACGAAUUCAACAAACAGGAGCUGCUACUUGGCAGCAACUCCGUGCCAGUGCCGACUUGCCAGCAGUGCGACGAAGGGUUGGAAGCUGUUGCGCGGUGUCAGGACUGCGACGAGAACAUCUGCAAGAGUUGCCAGGAGGCCCACGGGCGUUGGAAGCGCACCAAACAACACCGGGUCAUCACGGUGGAAAGCUUGAUGAGCUACAGCGGCAGCCCGCUGGUCGAAGCACGGAAAGUCCAAAGCAAGGCACUUCAGUGCAGGAUCCACGCGGGCUACAGGGUGUGUUUCUACUGUUACGCCUGCGAGAUGUCGAUCUGUGCCAGAUGCGCCGCAAUCGACCACCGCACGGAAGAUCACAGAUACGGCGAAAUCGGCAACGUUGUCGGAGAGUUCAGGAAGGAUGUUGAGGAGGCACUGCUCUCGUUCGAGGAGUGCAAAGAGAGAUUCCGAGUCGCCAACGGUUCCAUACAGCACGCCAGGAGCAGGCUGAAGAUCAUGGUGGAACGGGCGUGCCAAGAUAUUUCUGCGAAAGAAGAGGAAGAGAUUGCAAGGAUCAGAGAAAAAUCUCGCCGCCUCAGAGAGAAGGUCGAGGAGAUCGGUCGAGAGAGGGAUGGGAAAUAUGAAGAAGUGCUGAGUCGCAACCGCGAGAAGAUGGACCGGGCCGACCAAGUCGUAGAAACGGUGACCGAGCUGAUGCGUGAAGCUGAGGAAGACGAGCUUUUAGACCUCAAACCGAAGAUCAUGCACAACCUGGACUCCCAGGUAGAGGUCCAGUUCGAACCGGUGCCCUAUGAAUUGUCAUAUGUCGGCAUCAAGUGCCAAGACGUGGUGAAUGACUUAGACCUUGGUGAGAUAGUCCACGAGGAGAAAUGGCAGUUGAAACACGAGUUCGGCAAGAAAGGAGAUGGGCAGGGGGAUUUUAAGGGGGCGACAGGGGUCAGUUCCUUGAAGGACGGAGGGAUCGCCGUCGCAGAUACAAAAAACCAGCGACUUACUGUGCUAACCCCAAACGGUCUCUUUAAGAAUGCACUGACUCGUACAGAAGAGGAUGCGUUGAAGGCACCUUACAGUGUGGCGGUGACCUGUGAUGACCAUCUGCUGGUCACCGACGUCGAUAAAGUGAAGGUGUUUGGCAGUGACUUUCAACUGCUCCACAAGUUUGCGCCUGCGAAGGAUGACCGCGAGGGGCAACUGAAGAGCUACCUCAGUGGGAUCGACGUGGAUAAAAACAACCGAGUAGCCGUGGCGGACAGUGGGAGAAAGGUCAUCUCUGUCCACAACCUGGACGGGUCUCUGAUCACCACUAUACCCAAUGACUUGAUACACGGCUGCAUAUCAUUUAGCCACAACGACCGUCUGAUCUUCACCAAUUACCACGAGAGGCGGCUGGUUUGUGUGGACUUCACGGGCAACAAGCUCUUCGACGUAGGGACCUCUGUCGGCAGGAAGUCGGCCAAGCCCAUCGGUGUUUGCUGCGACGAGGCAGGGGACAUUUACAUCUCGACUCACUUCGGUCAAACAGGAGGCUGCGAGAUCCACCAGUAUGACCCGAAAGGAAUGUUCAUCAGGCGCGUUGUUCGUGGGCUCUUUAAUCCCUUCGCCAUGACGUUUUCUCCAGGAGGGGAUCUCAUAGUAGCCGAUAUGCAUUCUGUCAAGAUUUUUCACCGAGCUUGA